AUGACCUUGAGGCGCCACCAUACAACCCCAUCUUCGGCGGGUCGAUCGGUCAUUUCCUCGGUAUCUGUGGGUCGCAACAUUACUCGACAGCGGUCGUCCCCGAGAAGUUUCAAGUCGAAUCCGCAUGUAGGAUUCAUGCGACAUUCUCCGCCUACCACACCUCGCAUGAGAAUUCCUACCAAGAACACCACCUGGCAACAGACUGCCUCCUGGUCGACGGUCCCCUUAUCCUUGGCAGACUGCAAGAAUUCACCUCAUAUCGGUUGGUUCCGUCAUGCACCUCCUUCCUCCUUGGAGUCAUCAUCGACGGCACCCGUGCUCCUUUCCUUCUCGGAAAAAGAAAUGCUAUGGAAUCUGUUGAAAGAGCUCGAUCCCUCCCUGCAGAACAUCCAGAAAAUGUCCAGUUUGGAAAUGCUCAACAUUUCCCGUCAGCACUUGUUGGUCUAUGGAAGUCUUCCAGGUGGCGUCAAGUCACGCAGCAAACGCAAUCAUUCCAACAAGAAUAGUCGCAAUCACCACUUGGUCAAGGACUUCACCGAGUCGUCUGCGGCAGGAACCAUGUCCACGGUCCAUGCUCUUUCGCGGUUGGCUUCCUGGUUUCUAUUUCCCGUGGCACAUGAUGCAGAGUCCUGUGGAUACAACCAUUCCACUACUACUACUACUGUGCCGAAAAAGAAGAAGACUAGCAAGGACAAUCAAAAUAUCAGUCUCCUCAACCUGAUUGUGUCACCCUACCUGCCCAGCUUUUUGGAAGAUCCAAUGCUACCACCCGCACACACACACAGAUCCGACAGUGCCAGCAGCCUCAGUCAAGAAGACUGCGAUGACUCGGAUGCUUCGUCGUCGGUGUGCGACUCGGAGUUUUCGUCCGAACCCACUCCACCAUCUCGUCCCUUGUGUUCUCCCGACGAUGACGACAAGAAUCGAGAUUUGACCCGGUCCGUGUCGUCCUUGGCCGAAGCGUAUUACGCCCACAAGAGUACCUCCAAGGACUUUACUACCAUUACGGAAUCGACCUGUGGCGAAGGACCCAUGCGUCCCUCCAUGUCUUCGUCAUCCUUGUCCGCCAAUAAUCCCAUCUCGCCUCAUCGAUUGGACUAUGUCAUUACGCAAAUGGAUGUGGCUCGCAUGACACGCAACGCGUCGCGACAUUUGGAUGUGCAGAGUAUUCUGAGUCUACCCGCCAUUACCUACAAAAAGGGAGUGCGCAUGACGGAGCAAGGAUGGAGUUGGACCAUCGUCGAAGAAGCAGAAGGUCGCAAGGAAAUGAUGAAUAGUGCCCAACAACAACAACAGAAAGAAUCGGAGGCAGAUUUCUGCGUGAUUUGUUUGGAACACUUUCAAGACGGAGAUCGGCUUCGUGUCUUGCCCUGUGAUCAUUCAUUUCACGUUGGAUGCAUAGAUCGCUGGUUGUCGGGAUCACAGUCGUUCGAUGACUGCUAUACCAGCGGAUGUCCCACUUGCAAGAAGCAGCCCAUCAAGCCUCGAUCGAGUUCCUUCAAUGAGAUUUCGGACUUGGACAAUAAUAAUGUGAGGAGCGAGAAACACCGGUCCGGAUCCUUGGACGGAUCGGUGCCUUCGUGGGCAUUUGCUCAAAUUGGAAGUGCUUUGGUGGCUGCCCAACAAGAACAAGGAGCUUCCAUUUGCUCCGGUGCAUCGUCUUCGUCGUCCUAA